AUGGACGCUGGCCUCGUCUUAGCCGCCGAGGGCGAGGGUGCAACACACAACGUCACGGCCGCAUACCUCGCCGAAGACUCGGGCGACACGCUUAUCGGUAUUUCCAUCGCCUUCGCCAUCCUCACGACGCUGUUUCUCGGCCUGCGACUGUACGCGAAACGGUUCACAGCGGGCGGGUAUGGCGUGGACGACUACUUUCUCGUGGCAGCGUACAUCGUCGACCUGGGCAUGUGUGCAGUGGUUAUGGUUCGGGUGGGCGGUGUUGGACGACAUGUUGAAUUCGUCGAAGAGUUUCACCCGGCACUCCUGGUCGGCUGGGCCAAGUGCAUUCUGGCCUUCGAGAUUGUCUACUUCGCGUCCGUGGCUCUGCCAAAGAUGGGAAUCGUGUGCCUGUACCUGCGCGUGUUCAACUGGAAGGGCGGAAUGCGGACGACUGCGUACAUCCUCUUGGCGACGCUCGCGGCGACCAGCUUGUCCUUCAUCCUCACGGCGUGUUUCCAGUGCACGCCGCUGCCGUUCUGGUGGGAUCGGACUAUCCCCGGCGGGAAGUGCAUCGACGUGCAGGCAUUCUUCCACGCGCAGAGCAUCCCGGGCUUCGUGUUGGACUUCUUCAUCAUGGCACUUCCCAUGAAGACUAUCUGGAGUUUGAAACUCCCCACGCAUAAGAGGAUAGCGUUGGUCGGAAUCUUCAUGGUUGGCAGUUUCGGUGUUGUCGCAUCAAUUAUUCGAGCAGUCACCUUCUUUGGCACCGCCGCCUUCACAGACCGCACUUGGGCAUCCGUCGCACUCGUCGGCUGGAGCAUUAUCGAAACCGGAACCUACAUCAUCGCCGCCUGCCUACCGCACCUCCGGCCCAUGAUCUCACACUACACGCCGCCAUGGCUCAAGUCCAUGGUGCGCAAGACGCUCUCGCAGGCCAGCAACUCCAUGUCCAAGGUCACGACCUCGAAGCACUCCCACCCUCGCCGCGGCGACGAUGAAGUCGAGCUCACGGCGCGGUCGCGAAAGCAGGCCGCCGACGCGGAGAGCGUGACCGGAGACGAAGAGCGCGGGUACGCGGGCAUGCAGUCCCCCUCCGGCACGACGGUCGAGGUGCGCAAGUCGGACGAGAUGGUCAGCGGCGACUGGGCGCGGCAAGGGCAGAUCCGCGUGACGACAGAAGUGAAGCUCGAACGCGUACGGACGUCGGCUUUCUUGAAAGAGUAA